AUGACAGCGCCAUGUUACGACAAACCGAUUACCAUUGACGGUGUGGUGUAUCCUAUCACCUGCGCCUGUCCCGUUGUCGAGGGCGUCUACACUGUGGGCCAGGGCGAUGCGGAGUGUGACCUUGGUGAUAAUCUGGUGUGGAGUUCGGCCUUCACUAAGGGAACAGUCCGCGACGAUUUGUUCACUGAAAUUGGGUUCACUCCAACAGGCCCGAAUGUUACAGGUACGAACGG